AUGGAUUAUAACCCUUUGAAAAUGCCAUGUGAUUGGAAUGUAGCCAGAAAACAUGCAUUAGCCAGAAGGACUGCUCCAGACACUAAGGUUCAUCAUGACGAUGAUGAUGAUGAGGAGCCAAGAAAACCUGAAACAUGUCCUUGUUGUGGUUUCGAAAUAGAGAGGAAGGAAAUACCAUAUUGUGAUGAUAUCAAAUCACUCAAAUUCUUGGGAGCAGGAUUUCCAUUAUUUUAUAAUUUUUUGAAAUUUUGCAUCCUGUUAUUAUGUUUGCAAAGCCUUGUAGCCAUUUUCAAUGUGUUGAGCAAUUAUCAUGGUGAAUUUUGCCAGUAACAAACCUUGAAUCCAAUUUCAUAGUAAAUGGAACCUAAUUGUCAAGAAUCCAUCUUCCUGUAAUUGUCAAUAGCCAAUAAACUAAACAAUUCAGAAGUUGUGGUAUUCAUCCAAAAGGCCAAUCUCAUCAUGCUUAUUAUAAUGAUCAUUCUACUGUAACUUUUUAGGAGACAUCAAAAAAAAUUAGAUAAUCAAAUAGAUGAAUCCUAAUUAACACCAAGUGAUUAUACAAUUAUGGUUACGAAUAUUCCAAAAACCUUGAAUGUCAAUUAUCGAUGGGAAUUGACUAAUUUAUUUUAAAAUUAUGCGGUUUCAGAUAAUAACUUUUAAAUAACAGUAACGAAAGUUGUGUUGGUUUAUAAUAUUACAGAGAUAUUAGCAGAAGAAGCAAAAAUCUAGACUACAUUGUAGAAGAAAAAGAUUUCAUUAUAAACAUCAAAUAUGAAUUAUGAUAGUCAAGAUGUGAGAGAUUGUGAAAUCGAAAUUGAAACUUCGCAAAAGAGGAUCAAGGAUUUAUAAGAUGAGUACUUUUGGACUAAUAGGUAAUUCAGUGGCAUAGCUUUGGUUUCUUUUGAGAGUGAGAAGAUGAAAGACUUAAUACUUAGCUAAAAUACACAUACUCUUUUUGAUAAAGUGAAGACCUUUUUAUAUUCAGGCAAAACUCCUGGCUUAGAUGAAAUGGAACUUUAAUGGCAAUCUUAAAAGCUAUUUCUUGAAUAAGCACCCGAACCUAAUGAUAUUUUGUGGGAGAAUUUGGCCACUUUAACUCAGGAUAAGAUAAUUGCCAGAAUCAAAGGGUUCUUCAUUACACUGGUUUUUCAAGGAAUUACAUACUUGAUUAUUUAUUAUCUAUCAAUCAGGUGCAUUCGAUUAGUCCAAAAUGAAGAACUAGAAAAAAGAAGGAUCGGAGUAGAUGAUAAAGAGAAAAUAAAGAAGAUUUAAAUAAUAUCAUUUACUAUAGCCUCAACGAUAGUUCUGGUCAAUAAAUUAUUGAUUGAACCUCUAAUGAAGUGGAUCACGAAGGUAGAAAAAAUAUCAACCAAUACCAAAUUUCAAAUCUCUUAUGCCAAUAAGUUAAUUAUUGCUUUAUUUGUCAAUGCUGCUAUAGUUAGCUAUGUUAUUGAUAUCUUGAUAUUUAGUAAUGUAUAUGGCUUUGGUGGAUUCAUGUAUAAUGAAACUCUAAUUUUUAUCAUGAAUGCUGCAAUAGCACCAUUAAUUUGGCUGAUUGAUCCUAUGUCCUUGUUUAGAAAAUUGCAGAGAGACCACUCAGUUUCAAAGGGUAAUGAUAGCUUACUAACGUAAAGGGAGGCAAAUGAAAUCAUGGAAUAAAUUGAUUAUCAAUUGGCCAUGAGAUAUGCAGACAUAAUCAAAACUAUGUGGCUCACAUUCUUCUUUGGUACUGCUAUACCUCUAGGUGUAUUCAGUUCCUUAAUUGGUCUAAGUUUAUUUUACCUCAUUGAUAAGUAUAACCUACUACGAAGGAGAACUGUGAAGGAAAAUAUAUCCUAAUAAUUAUCAUGGCAAAUGAUAAAUAUGUUAGAAUUCGUUGUCCUAUUUAAUCCUUUGGGUAAUACAGCAGUCUCAAUGUUUCUAAAUUAAAAGUUUGAUAUUUAUUCUGCUAUUGGAGUGAUCAUUGGAUUAAGUUUUCAAUUCUUACCAAUACAUCGUUGUGUAGAUGCCAUGUUUCCAGUCAAGAACUUUGAAGAUCCUGUCUCAUAUAAAAAGGCAUAGAUUGAGUUCGAUACUGACUAUGAUAGGGAGAACCCAGUAACAAAAGAAAAAGCAAUUGCUGAGUAUUCUUUGUAGUUGCAAGGAAUCACUCAAGAGAAGAAGGUUGAAUAUUAAAUCAUGCAUGAAGAUCAUUAUUGA